UUUGAAAAAAUACAAUCUCAUUCUUCUUCAAAAAGAAGUAGAUACGAUAUUGGAUAUUGGUUUAUUUUUUCCUAGAUAUAAUAUGUAUGAACUUUUGAUAAAGAUAUAACUCUUUAAUCCAAAGCUCAUCAAUGACCACUUGGGCUACCGCUAUCAGAUCCUGGAGGUGCUUGGGCAAGGCUUCUCUGGACAGAUCCUCAAAUGCAUGGACCACAAGCCCAUGCACCUUGUGGCCAUCAAGGUCAUUACAAACAAGGACAUUGUUCAUGACUUGGCAAUGCCUGAAAAGGACAUUUUGAAAGCCUUGCAGCAGUUUGACAAGGAUAACUCAGCCAACAACGUCCAUAUGAAAGAGAAAUUCUACUUCCGCAGUCAUCUGUGCAUCAUUUUUGAUCUCUUUCUUACGGACCAACAUGGAUCAAACCACACCAACGAGAGUGAAUUCACAGUCGAAGAGCUGAAAAAAUACACCAUGGACAUGUUGGAAUGUCUACAGCUGCUUAAGGAGAAGAUUGUCCAUAGUGACCUUAACUCGAAAAUGUCCCCCAGGAAAGACAAGAGGUCAGUACUGAGCCCAAAGACUAAUGCCAAAAACAGGGUCUGUCCUACAGUCCUAAUAUCAAUCGCCAAGGGCUCUCAGGAAACCCAAAUAGAUUUAAGCCACAAACAGCCAUCUGCCCUGCCCGGGGGCAAGGAGAAGAGCCCACUGGGGCCCAGCUCCCAGUUACCUACUGUUAUGAAACCCACCGUCACUCGCCUGCAGACAACACAGUCAGUCAGCGAGACAUCCUCUGCCAUAAAACCAGCCAUGUCUCCUGAAUAUGUUCUGGAAAAUUUUAAGAAAUACUUGACAAAUUAUGAGCAGAAAGAAAUCAAGGACUACAAGCAGGUGUGGUACAUUGGAAAGCAGGCCAAAAAGAUUGAUGCCUCAAAAAUCCGGCCUUCCAACUCUGGCUAUGACACUAAGGACGGAAUCUACAGCGCAAUUGUUAACGAUCACUUGGCCUACUGCUAUCAGAUCCUGGAGGUGGUUGGGCAAGGCUACUCUGGACAGAUCCUCAAAUGCAUGGACCACAAGACUAAUCAGCUUGUUGCCAUCAAGGUCAUUAGAAACAAGGACAUCAUUUAUCAGACGGUAUUGCCUGAAGUGAAGAUUCUAGAAGCCCUGCGAGAGUCUGACAAGGAUAACUCAGCCAACAUUGUCCAUAUGAAAGAGAAAUUCUACUUCCGCAGUCACCUGUGCAUCAUUUUGGAUCUCUUUCUGAAGGACCUUCAUGAAUUAUGCCACACCAACAAGGUUAAAGUCACAGAGGAAGAGCAGAAGAAAUACACCAUGGAAAUCCUGAAAUGUCUACAGCUGCUUAGAGAGACUAAGAUUGUCCAUGGUGACCUUAAACCAGAAAACUUGCUGAUCUACAAAAAGGAUGAUGAGAUGCACAUAGCAGUCACUGACUUUGGAGGGAGCUACUUUAUGACAGAGGACGAUCGACCUCGUCUGUUCACUAAAGAAUACAUGUCACCGGAGCUGCUACUUGGCAAAAAGUGUGGACCACCAACCGACAUGUGGAGCCUGGGCUGCACCAUCGCUGAGCUUCACUGUGGUUUCCGUCUCUUUCAUGGAUGUGACCUUCCAUAUGUCUUCAACAGGAUAAUGGAGGUGCUGGGUGUCCCUCCUCCUGAGCUGCUGAGGGAAGCCCCCAAAAGAAAAUUCUUCUUUGAUUCUGAUGGCAUCCCAUACAUCAGACAAUGCAGAACCAAUCUGGAAACAAAGCUGAACUCUAUUGAUGUUCAUUUCAUCAAUUUCAUCUAUCGCUGCCUUGAAUAUGAUCCAAAAAAGCGCAUGACACCAAAGCAGGCCUUGCAGCAUCCAUGGAUUCAUGAUAAGUUGAAAUGUGCAACGAGAGCUGGAAAAACUAUAUCAAAUGCCUCAGUGGCCUCCAGCAACAACACUUCUGAACUGUUGAAAAGGAGAAAAAUGCCUUCGUCUCUGCCCAAAAGAUUGUAGAACAAACCAGAGGUUUUCAGCAUGCUUCUUUCUUUCUCCCACCUCUGCUGUAUGCAAUUGUUGUGCAUAGGACAAUAAACUCUUGGAUCUUGGAUCUUGAAUCUUGAAUCUUGAAUCUUGAAUCUUUUAUCUUGAAUCUC